AUGUAACAAUCGUGAGACCAAUGAAAGAUAUGCUGUCUAAAGAAAUCGGUAUAUACAAUAAAUUUCAAGGAUUUGAGGCACCUAUCAUAAGCUCUCUAACAUCCAUGAUGUCACCCAAAGCAAGUAUAGAUCGAUUAACUGAAGAAUUUAUUGUUAAAUUGGAACGUGAGUUUCCGUCAACUGUGAGCACUAUUUCAAGAACUGCUGCAAAAUUAACUCCACCUGAAUAUAUUGAUUCAGAUAAUCGUUGUAUUAUUUGCUUGAUGCCAUAUCAAAAGGAUGACAAAAUUUGGCAAAGCAGAAUUACUGUAAUGACAACUCCGUCAUCUACCAUUGUUAAGACUCAAAAUUCAAUUUUUAAAAAUUCUAGUAUUAAUUCAAGCACUUGUUCAG